ACGGAGCAACAGCUCUUAGAGACCAGCGAGGGUUUCUGCAGGAAGAAGAGGGGGAUUUGGAAAAGGACCAGCCACAAUGACGGACAGAAGCCCCUUCGAAACGGACAUGCUCACCCUCACCCGCUAUGUGAUGGAAAAGGGGCGUCAGGCGAAAGGGACAGGGGAGCUCACGCAGCUGCUGAACUCCAUGCUGACGGCCAUCAAGGCCAUCUCCUCGGCCGUGCGCAAGGCCGGCCUGGCCAACCUGUAUGGGAUUGCGGGAAGUGUGAACGUGACAGGGGAUGAGGUGAAGAAACUGGAUGUGUUGUCCAACUCCCUGGUGAUCAACAUGCUCCAGUCCUCCUACAGCACCUGUGUACUGGUCUCAGAAGAGAAUAAAGAGGCCAUAAUCACCGCCAAGGACAAGAGGGGCAAGUAUGUGGUCUGCUUUGACCCCCUGGAUGGCUCGUCCAACAUCGACUGCCUGGCCUCCAUUGGGACCAUCUUCGCCAUCUACAGAAAGACCUCAGAGGAGGAGCCUUCGGAGAAGGAUGCCCUGCAGCCAGGCCGCAAUAUCGUGGCCGCGGGCUAUGCCCUCUACGGCAGUGCCACCCUGGUGGCUCUUUCCACCGGGCAAGGAGUGGACCUCUUCAUGCUUGACCCAGCUCUUGGUGAAUUUGUUCUGGUAGAAAAAGAGGUCAAAAUCAAAAAGAAAGGAAAUAUUUACAGCCUCAAUGAGGGCUACGCCAAGUAUUUUGACGCUGCCACCACGGAAUAUGUGCAGAAAAAGAAAUUUCCUGAGGACAGCGGGCCUCCCUAUGGGGCCAGGUAUGUGGGUUCCAUGGUGGCCGAUGUGCACCGCACCCUGGUCUAUGGAGGGAUCUUCCUAUACCCAGCGAACCAGAAAAAUCCCAAGGGCAAGCUCCGGCUCCUGUACGAGUGCAAUCCUGUGGCCUUCAUCAUUGAGCAGGCGGGGGGCUUGGCGACCACAGGCACCCAGCCGGUAUUGGACGUGAAGCCCGAGGCCAUUCACCAACGAGUCCCCCUUAUUCUGGGGUCCCCGGAUGAUGUGCAGGAAUAUCUCACCUGUGUACAGAGAAACCAGGCAGGCAAGUAGUGAGUUUGACCCUGCAAGCCCUCUUCUUUGAGUCUUGUCCUCUGUAUGAAGAACCCUAAACGACUGAUAGGCAGAAACAGUGGUGAUGAGUCACAACAGGCCAGUCCACCCAACCACAAACAGAAGAGCAGCAUCAAACUGCUCAGGACAGGUCUAGAGGCCAGAGGAGACUCUGUCCUCAGUGCACAUGGCUAAGAAUAA